CGCUGCUCCACGUGAGAUUUCACAAAUCUAGGACAGGUAGUCAACAAGCACCCCGGGUUCCAAAAGUACACCGCACGAAGACCACAGAGUGUUCGACGCGCUUUUUAGAUCUUAAGACUUUUUCCUAAGAUUAUUCGUAACCAUGGAAACCAUAAAGUCCGGAUUCGUGCACCAGCCCGCCAAAAUCGCGAUGAUCGCGGGAGCCUGGGUCACUUACAUCAUCAUGGUCAUCUUCAACGCCAUCUCUGCCAGCGGCAUCGACAGAAAUCUGUUUAACAGCACCCAGCGGCAGAUAUCCGACAAGUACUACAACGACUUUGUCCCAGCCGGCUGGACCUUCUCCAUCUGGGGGUUCAUCUACGCCUGGAACGCGCUGUGGCUUCUCUACGUCACCAGCACCAUCUUCCGCAAGACGUCCGAGGGGUACGUCUACAUCGUGUCCGAUCUGCUGCCGUGGUACUUCUUCGUCGCCUGGUACCUUAACAACAUCGUCAACGUCAUCUGGUUGUUCGUCUUCGACUUAGAGUCUCUCAUAGCGUCCGUCUGUGUCGUUGCUCUUGUCCCCUUCACCCUGUACAUCUGUCUGAUCGCUUCAUACCGCCAGGUGGACAGGCGCGGCGUGUGGCUAACAGAGAACCUGCCGUGGGACCUCUGGCUCACACGGGCGUUUGUCCACAACGGCCUGGCCAUCUACGCCACCUGGACAACUAUCGCCACCCUCCUCGGGCUUGGCAUCGCUCUUAUCUAUCCCGGCGGGCUAGACAACACCGACGUCUGUACCGCCAUGUUCGCUCUCCUUCUAGUCGAAGUUCUGGUCUGGUUUGUUCUUGAGAACUUCGUUCUUGAUCGCUUCUGUCGCUACACAUUGGUCAUCUGGUUAGUGGUGAUCAUUGCGCUGAUUGGUAGUCUGGUGGAACACUGGGGCCCUGAGAAGAGGAACAGCAUCUUCACUGCUGCCCUUCUCGGGUUCGCCAUGUUCCUCUUUCUUAUCCGCAUCUGCCUUGUUAUCUAUCGCCACUGCAAAUAUCCGCUGUAUAAGAAGCAUAUCUUUCCGAGCACAGUCGAGGGAAAAAGCAACGGCACUUUUACAAUGACUUAGGUUUCACUCCUUUUAUCCCAACUUCCGAAUUAUCUUCUAUAGCCUUCACUUUCUCUGCAUUCUAUUAACAAUAGAAAUACAUGUACAUUGACGAAAGUUAGACAUUCUGGUCGAAAUAUUCAAAGACAAAUCAAUCUCUUCAACCCUGUAUCAUAUGGAGAUUACUAUAGGACAUCACUAUUCUUCAGUGUAGGAGUUCAUUGUAGACGAGAUAUCGCUGGUUACAAUAAUUGGAUUGAAUGUUUAUGCCACCC